UUAUUGCAAAUAGAAAAAAACACGAGUUCGAGUGAGAAUUUCUCAAGUUUUUGUCAAUUCGGCCGGCAUCUAUUCGCCUGCUGAAAGAAUUUAGAUCAAUAUAAUCGGAAACGUGUUUGUGUGAAAUAUUGUGAAAUUCUUAAAUAUUUUCCAAUAUGACAGUUUCGCGGGAAAAGGCUUCCAUAGCUGUGGUGCCUCCCAGCGAUAGUGAACAAAUCGAAUGGUCGGCCGAAGAAGAAAUACAAUUGUUUUUUGCAUUGGAAGGUUUGAAGCCUGUAGGUAUAAAUAAACAUUUCUAUAUGGCUUGUAUUGCUGAUCGCUUGUCGAAAAAUCUACAACGCGAGGUACCAGCAGAAGCAAUAUGGGCGCAUUUACGUACCAUGUACAAUUUGGAUGUAUUAGACGAAUUGGAACCGCUGCCAUUCCCUAAUGAAGAAAGGGAAUUUUCACUGCCGGAGACCGAAUUCUCAGCACUGCUUUCAAAAAAGCGUGCUGAGAGCGAAGAGAAGCAGAGGCUUAGUAGUGUGGAUUCUAGUGGUGGUCCGCCCUCUAUUAUCGCUGUUGCUACUGAUAAUACCACAAAGAGCGGUAGUUCAGACAAAACUACAACACACAAAGCUAAUGCGAGUAGUCACAAUACAAAGGAGAUGGACAAAAAGAUAACAGCAAAGCUGACUGAUAUACCGAAACGUGCACCAAAACGUACGCGUGGUUCAAUGUCUUUAGAAUCUAAUAGCAGUCCAUCCACAACACCGCCACCGGUGCAAAGCAAUAAAAGGCGGCGCAUAUAAAUACCAAAAACAAAAAUAGUUUUUAAGCAUAUUAAUCAAAAAUUGUGUUAGCAUAACAAUUAUACUUAGAUUAGUGUUGGAGAAAUCAGCAACUACUGGAAUUUAUCCUUUGAAAUAUUUACGUUUAAAUAUAUUUGCAUAAGUUUUUUAUGUGUAGUUCCUAAGUUCAUCCUAAUUUAAUCUCAUAUUAAUACUUACACUGUUCACUGUUUUACGAUAUUAAGUUAUACUCAAGAGCUUACCAAAUCAAUUGUUUGUAGUAUGAAAACAAUUCAAAAGCAUAAGAUAAAAUAAACCACAUGUUGCGAAAUUGCACAUAAGCAA